CGAAAGAUUUCCACCAGAUAUAUUUUAUCGAGUGCCGUACGCCGUAUUUGAUGUCUGUGAUUGUUUUACGGGAGGCAUAGAUUAGCCUAAUUAUUUAAUAUAAAGUUGGGUGAAAGAUUUUCAAAUUUCACAGAAACCAUAUACUUGUAUAUGUACCUUUUCUCAUUAUGGAAAUGAACAGUGUAACAAUUGAGGAUUGCGGCGCUGACAAUGUGGCCAAGAGAAAUGCGCUCAAUAGCCGGCCAACGCCAGUGGGCGGGGCACAACCACAGACGCCGAACACAGAUCCGUCACAUCGAGAGAAAUCAAAACCACAGCUACUUUAUGCCAUUAAUGACAAUCCGCCCUGGUACUUGUGCAUCUUUCUGGCAUUCCAGCACUACCUGACAAUGAUCGGCGCCAUUGUCUCCAUACCGUUUAUUUUGACCCCAGCACUAUGCAUGUCCGACGAGGAUCCCAAUCGCGGCAUCAUUAUCUCUACAAUGAUAUUCGUCACCGGCAUAGUUACCUACUUCCAGGCCACCUGGGGGGUACGUCUGCCCAUAGUUCAGGGUGGCACCAUUUCCUUUCUGGUGCCCACCCUGGCCAUCCUGGCGCUGCCACAAUGGAAGUGUCCGGCGCAGGCCGAAUUGGACGCUAUGGAUGAGAAAAUGCGUGAGGAAUUAUGGCAGGUCCGCAUGCGUGAGCUAUCGGGCGCCAUUGCCAUAUCCGCUUUAGUCCAGGUGGUGCUGGGCUACACGGGACUGGUGGGAAAAAUCCUUAAAUAUGUGACGCCAUUAACGAUUGUGCCGACUGUGUCGCUGGUGGGUCUAACGCUCUUCGAGCAUGCCGCUGAUACGGCCGCCAAGCACUGGGGGAUUGCUGUGGGCACUACCGGCAUGUUGACGCUCUUCUCGCAAAUUAUGUCGAACGUGUCGAUUCCAGUUGUCGCCUAUCGCAAGGGUCAUGGCCUGGAGGUACGACAAUUUCAGCUGUUUCGAUUGUUUCCCGUCCUGCUGACCAUCAUCAUCAUGUGGGGUCUGUGUGGCAUUCUAACGGCCACGAAUGUUUUCGAGCCGGGACAUCCAUCGCGCACAGACGUUCGUCUGAAUGUGUUGACCAGCGCCAAGUGGUUUUAUGUACCCUAUCCGGGCCAAUUUGGAUUGCCGUCAAUCACGCUGAGCGGGGUGCUGGGCAUGUUGGCCGGCGUAUUAGCUUGUACAGUGGAGUCUCUGAGUUAUUAUCCCACAGUCUCCCAAAUGUCUGGAGCACAAUCGCCGCCGUUGCACGCCAUAAAUCGUGGAAUUGGUACUGAGGGUCUGGGCACCGUUUUGGCUGGGCUUUGGGGCGCUGGAAAUGGCACAAACACCUUUGGCGAAAAUGUGGGCGCCAUUGGCGUAACCAAGAUUGGUUCCCGCCGCGUCAUUCAGUGGGCGGCACUCAUUAUGCUGUUGCAAGGCGUUAUUGGCAAGUUUGGAGCCGUGUUUAUUCUAAUACCAGACUCCGUUGUGGGCGGCAUAUUUUGUGUAAUGUUUGGCAUGAUAAUUGCCUUUGGCUUGUCCACGCUUCAAUAUGUGGACUUGCGUUCGGCGCGUAAUCUCUAUAUCAUCGGCCUCUCCAUAUUCUUCCCCAUGGUGCUGUGCCGUUGGAUGCAGCAGCAUCCGGGAGCAAUAAAUACGGGAAAUGAAACUGUGGACUCCACUUUGUCGGUGCUGUUGGGCACAACGAUAUUGGUGGGUGGACUGCUCGGCUGUUUGCUGGAUAACAUUAUUCCGGGAACACCUGAAGAGCGUGGUCUUAUUGAUUGGGCUGAUGAAAUGCCCCUGGGAGAUGAUAAUAUUAACGAUGGCUCCGCCACCGAUUACGAUUUUCCACUUGGCAUGGAUGCCAUUCGUCGCUGGAAGUGGACCUAUUAUAUACCUUUCAUGCCCACCUAUAAGCUACAGAAACAAAACUAAAGCAGUUUCGGGAGUAAUUAACCCUUUGCCCUAUAAGUAUAAUAACACUUAGUAAAAGUUUUUAAUGUAUUUUUAUUUGUAUUUUUUAAAAACAUUUCCCAUUCAUUUGCAUUUGAAUUUUGUAUGCUACAAACGUUGAGUCUAAUUUCAAAUUGCAAAAAUUAAAUUCGCUUAUUGUUUGCUACAUUAUCGCACUCGUUGCGCAUAUUUUCUAUUAUUUUGCAAUAACAUCAAUAUUCCUAACGAACGAUUAUUGAUUUCAAAUUUGAAUAAACAUCACUUAGCUUUUAACUCAAAAGAAUUGUACGAGAGAUGCUCUCUCACGAGGCAUACGGGGGGUGUUUCAGUUCUGUGAGCAACAAAUCGUAGUUAAAAAUAUUUUUAAUAAAUUUCAACGCGACUCUAAAAAACACACACACUUCUACAAACAAAUCUGUGCGCACUCAAAAUGUAUGGCAUAGAAAAUACAAUUAUGUUUGAAACGCUCA